AAAAAAAAAGAAUUAAAAAAAAUUACAAAAAAAAGAAUGCAAUCAAUCAACAAACAUUGCGAUCGCCAAAUCAACAUCGACGAGCUCAACGAAUGGAUGCACGCGACAUGAGGCACACACGAAGCGCGGUGCAAAAGUCGAAACGCAAGAAGGGGGGUUGUGUCGAACAACAGACAAAAAGACAAAAGAAUGGCGGGAAACAAAAAAAAAAAAAAAAAAAAAGCCACGCUCCAUUGUAAAAUGAAAGGGAAAAACACAAAAAAGCGUGUUUUCACACUCUCUUCCACACUCUCGGCUUGUCAAAGCGCAAGUCGCACUGGAAGGGGGGGGGUGUUGCACAUUCCCCCACUCGACCACUCGAAGCAUGGGACGACGAUGAUGAAACGAUGUCACCGCUGAAAAGCCAGUAACAACGACGAGAGAGCGAGAGAACCCUCCCACAAAAGCCAAUUGAAAGCAGCGUGCUCACCUGAUGUCGUGUCUGAUGUCGUGUGAAAACAAACGAGAAGAGACAAAAGGAAAGAAGAGUGGCGGGUUUUGUAUGGGACAAAGAGUGAAUCAUCAGCACGAGGAAAACAGGGGAGAAGUGGGAGAAGAAGCUGUGGGAGAGGGAGCAGAAUGAUUUGAUCACGAUGCAAAAAACAACAACAAGGGAUGGGGGAGGAGGGGGCGUUUGGACGGAGAGUGGCUUGCAAUGUCGAAUCAUCAGCAUGAGGAAAAAAAAAUGAGGGAAGAAGUGGGAGCAUCAGUGGAGCAGAAUGGCUGCAAGUGUGUGUUCAAAGUGCUCAGCACACGAUGCAACAACUGACGGGAUGGGAGGAGGGGGCGUUCGGAUGCGCCGAUCAAAACGGAUGGAGAGCGACUUGCAAACGACCUCUGCCUUCAUUCGAGACUUGGGUGAAGCACGUAUCAAGCACAUGGAAGAAGGGAUACUCACAGUCGUGAGCCGGGGCAUGUUGGUUUGCACCAGUGUCUCGUAUUGCAGCGAACAGAUUUUCAAGAACAAAACUCUUUGCCGAACACACAAAACAGCUCGGAAUGAAGCUCAAUCGUUGUGUAGCAUUGUCGCUCGUAGUACGCUGCAUGUUGUGAUGUGGUCAUCUUGCGCCCGGCCAGGGAAGAGAAUCCGAACUUGGCCAAAAAGUCGUGUCGCCGUCUUUUCCCAAACUGAUCCUGUAUCGACUGUGGUCCACAGCUGCUCCUCCCACGAGCUCGAUUCCGUGCCAUCCGGGAUCCACAUACAUGCUCCUUAAUAUACCAAUGCGCCCUCCACCCUUCUGGCAGAAAUCAAACACGCGAGAUCGUUUGGAAUUGCCAAAUCGUCAUUGGUUCAGGAGCUACUCCCAGUCCCGCCGCUUUCACGACUGACUGGCCAUAUGCGGAGAUGUUGCCGAGACCUGUGGAAGACGCAGAAAAUACAACAAUAGGGACUUGCCAUUUUCCGCCAGUCGUUCUUUGUCUUUGCUCAUUCAAGCCAUGUCCUCGCAAUCCGCAGUGUGGACAGACGAGCGCGUUUCGCCCGCGCUGACCGUCGUUGGAGCUGCCUCAGGCAUGACGGUCUUCCCGCUCAGUUUGGUCGCGCUGAACGCGUUUGCGCUGCGCGUGCUGCGGCUGUCGAGCGCCCAGCGAGCCGCACCUGUGGUCGGCGCAGCGUGUGUUGGCGUCGCGGGGCUUGCUGCGUCUGCCGCGACGCUGUACACACCGCCAAUGCUGCUGCGCGCGGUUUCGCCCGAAAGCAGCAGCAGCAGCAGCAGCAGCAAGACCGCCAAGACUGGCAGCCGAUCGCUGCUCGAGUUUGAGCCUGCUGCAUGGACAUUCUAUGCGUGUGCAUCCGUCGUGUUCAUGAGAGCCGUCACGCGCACUGGGUUUGCGUCCGUGCUGCCAAGCGAUCUGUGCAAGCCUGGCGCCUUCCACCGAAACUCGAUUCCAGCCACCGCCGAGUACGCGACAAACACUGAGCGUGCAUGGAUUACUGCGCAAGGCAAAAAGCACGGCUGCCACAGCUGCGGAUCGCGCCACGAUUACUACAUUGCUGAUCAUCAGCCACCCCAGUUCAUGAUGCCCAGCUUGCCCGCCGGUACAAAGCAGCGCUUUUAUCCACAAUGCUCGGCAUGCUCGGGUAUGCAGAUGAUUGCUGGUCGCACACGCCAGCGGGUGCUCAAGUUCCCACACCCAACGGCUUUGCUGCGAGCGGGCAAUCUGUGGCUUCCGUGGCCGCUCUUGCGGCCCUAUGUCAGCCCAGAAAUCGAUCUCGCCGCCUCUCAGGGUCGCAUCCGUGCACUCUCGAUUGUUUCUGAGACUGCCGCAUCGGCAGGCACCCCACCGUCGGCGACUGCUGGAGCGUGGCUGGCCGUGCUCGACACCACCGCCUUUUUGAUCCAACAACGCAUCAAACUCCUCGAGCAGUUCCAAGCCCGCCUGCAACCAUGCACUAGUUCGUCCAAAGAGCUGAGCACGUAUCGUGCCAUCCUUGAAAAGCGCCAAAAGUCUGGAGGAGCCCUUACUGGCCCACAACAACAGCAGCCGGUUCUCGCGUCUGAUGCGUCGUUGUUGGCUCGUGCACAAUGGUACUGGAGCUCGAUUAGCAACAGAUGGUCGCAUCCGUUCACGGCGCAGCAGCGCGUAGACUUCCGAGUUGUCAUUGCCCAGCAGGAGGCGGCUGCGUUCCGUGCUUUGGCUGCCAGAGUGGCUCACGACCGAUCCGUCCUUGCUGCCAAAGCAUGAGCAAGCUGUGCGAAACAGUUACAAAAUAAAAGAAGAGUUGGAUGCAAUCAUGAUUUGUGGGUUGAAGAGAAAGG